CAGCGCGCGGUGCCGCUCUACGAAUCUGCCGUCCAGAACCGGUCGGCGCUGAUCACCGGCACCGUCUCCGCUGCCGGAGAUGACCACCACGCACUCCAAGCUCUACGCCGAUGAUGUCAGCCUCGUCGUGGUCGUCGUCGACACCAACCCCUUCUUCUGGGCCGGCGCCGCCCUCCCCUUCGCCGACUUCUUCUCCCACCUGAUCCACUUCGUGAACUCGCUGCUGCUGCUGAACCACCUCAACCACGUGGUCGUCAUUGCCGCGGGUGUCAGCUCCUGCGCGUAUGUCUUCGACUCGAGCAAUGCUGGCGCCUCCGGCGCGGCCGACGUUGCUGCCACCUUAGACAAGGCGAGCCGCAAGGUGGAGGAGUUCAUUAAGCAAGACGCCCGUGAAACUGCAGGCAAUGGCACAGUUGCUGCUGGCGGUGCCGCGUCGCUGUUUUCUGGCGCAUUGUCCAUUGCUCUUUGCUAUAUACAGAGGAUUUUUCGGUCUGGCACUCGGCACCCGCAACCUCGGAUUUUGUGCCUGCAGGGUUCUCCAGAUGGACCUGAACAAUAUGUAGCAGUGAUGAAUUCAAUAUUUUCGGCACAACGUUCCAUGGUUCCAAUUGAUUCAUGUAUCGUGGGGACCCAAGACUCUGCUUUCUUGCAGCAGGCUUCAUAUAUAACAGGAGGAGUUUAUAUGAAGCCCCAAGAACUAGGUGGCCUAUUUCAAUAUCUUGCUGCUGUAUUUGCAUCUGAUUUACACUCGAGAGCAUUCCUGCGCCUCCCUAAGACCCUGGGAGUGGAUUUCCGUGCCUCAUGUUUCUGCCACAAGAAGACUAUUGACAUGGGAUAUGUUUGUUCAGUUUGCUUGUCAAUAUUCUGCAAGUACCAUAAGAAAUGUUCAACUUGUGGGUCAGAAUUCAUCCGUGUCAUGCCUGAUUUGAAUUCCAUGCCAGAUCAAAGGCAGUAAUGUGUAAAAAGCGAAAGGCCAGGCUGCAUACCUUUUCUUUACAGGGCUGAAUCGCUGUGUGGAACACAUCAUGUUUGUAUAUUUGAAGGGAUCGGUUUAUUAACAGCUAGAGGACCUGGAGUAGCAAUUUUGUGGACAUUAUCUGAGUGGAAAGUGCGCACUGAUUUUGGAACUAGUUCAUUCUCCGUGUGAGCUUUAUCUGUUAAUUGGGAAACAUGAACCCGUAACACUUGAAACCUUCUAUGCUGAUGUGGAAUAAUGAUGGAAAAUAGAUGAUUGCUGAUACAGCUUGAACGCACAAA